AUGCUCCUAAGUGGUUUUGGGCCACCCCGGUCCUUCCUGUGCCAGCGGGCUCUCUCUGCCUGGCCCUGGGGUCAGUCUCAUAGCCCAGCGCUGUGCCUGUGCUUGCCCUGCCCACCUCACAUCCCUGUUCUUACAGUGAAGUCCUCAGGAGAUAGAUGGCAUCCCUGGGUUUUGUGCUGGGGAGGUCUCCUGGGGCUGCGUUCAAGGCAGAACAUCUGCAUGCUGCUUCAGCCCUGCCCUCUUUGCGGAGAUCUGGAGGAUGAGAGUCGAAUGAUUCUGGAUGCCUUUGCCCAACAAUGCAGCCGGGUUCUAAGUCUCUUAAAUUGUGGUGGAAAACUGCUGGACAACAAUCACUCUCAGUCCAUGAUUUCUUGUAUAAAGCAAGAAAACCCAAAUUAUAGUGAAAGACAAGAGCAAUGUCAGCUUGGGAAAAUGGUCCAUAGUCAGACAUCAGACAUUUUAGACAUAGAGAUGCAGUAUAUGCAAAAGAAACAACAAACCUCAGCCUUUCUGAGAGUUUUUACCGAUUCCCUUCAGAACUAUUUGCUUUCUGGGAGCUUCCCUUCUCAGAACACCUCAUCAGUAAAUGAUUUUAGCCAUUUGGCAGAUGUGGAUCCACUUUCAACCUCUCCAGUACACACUUUAGGUGGAUGGACAUCUCCAGCAACAUCUGAAUCUCAUGGUCACCCAUCAUCUUCUACACUUCCAGAGGAGGAGGAGGAGGAGGAAGAAGAAGGUUACUGCCCUCGGUGUCAAGAACUAGAGCAGGAGGUAAUUUCAUUGCAACAAGAAAAUGAGGAACUUCGUAGAAAAUUGGAGAGCAUUCCAGUGCCCUGCCAGACUGUUUUAGAUUAUUUGAAGACUGUUCUUCAGCAUCACAACCAGCUUCUGGUACCACAGCCAGCAGACCAUCCGACUGAGGGGAGCAAGCAGUUGCUGAACAACUACCCUGUCUACAUCACUAGUAAACAGUGGGAUGAGGCUGUAAAUUCUUCCAAGAAAGAUGGACGACGGCUCCUUCGCUAUCUCAUCAGAUUUGUUUUCACAACCGAUGAGCUUAAGUACUCAUGCGGCCUUGGAAAAAGGAAAAGGUCAGUGCAGUCAGGAGAGACAGGUCCUGAAAGACGUCCUCUGGAUCCAGUAAAAGUAACAUGUCUCAGAGAGUUCAUUAGGAUGCAUUGUACCUCCAACCCGGACUGGUGGAUGCCAUCUGAAGAGCAAAUAAACAAGGUAUUCAGCGAUGCGGUAGGACACGCUCGUCAAGGGCGUGCGGUGGGGACUUUCCUUCACAAUGGGAACUCAUAUUACGACGGGACUGACCAUCCAGGGUCACAGGACGAAGUCUUCAAUAGAGGCAUGCAAGACGGGUCUGGCGAUUGAUGGCAGUGAGAAGAAAAAACCUCAUACAACAGUAGCAGCCACUUAAUUUAGGAGAGACUAUUUGUUAAACACACUUAACCCUGCUGUCAUUUAAGAGUCCAAAGCAUGUUUGAAUACAUACUGCAUACAUUUCAGCUUCUCUAUCCUACCAUGCCCCAGUUAACACAGAAAUCCAUUUUGAGAUCUGCUCUGUGGGACUUCUCAGUGCCUAUUAUUUGCAAAUCCUUCAUGGCACCCUGAAAAGGAAAUUGCAAUUCAUUUCACUUAGUUCUAGAG